GCUGCAGGACUGUUCCCAGGCUGCAGAGACUCUUCCCCGUUGUCUGCCCAGCUCGGCUCCACAAUGCCGGUGGACCUCAGCAAGUGGUCCGGGCCUUUGAACCUGCAGGAAGUGGACGAGCGGCUGCAGCAUGCGCUGCAGGUCAAAUACAUCAGGACAGAGGUUGACAAGCUGGUCAAAGUGCUGACACCCACCCAAAUUAAGAACCGGCCUGCCAGUAUUGUGUGGGAUGGCCUCGUUCCAGGUAAACUCUACACCUUGGUCCUGACAGAUCUGGAUGCUCCCAGCAGGAAGGACCCCAAAUACAGGGAAUGGCACCAUUUUCUGGUGGUCAACAUGAAGGUCAACGACAUCAGCAGUGGCAGAGUCCUCUCCAAUUAUGUCAGCUCUGGGCCUCCAGAUAGAUCUGACACAGGCCUUCACCACUAUGUCUGGCUGGUUUAUGAACAGAAUGGGCCACUGAAGUGUGACGAGCCCAUCUUCAGCAACCGAUCUGGAGACCCCUGGGGCAAAUGCAAAGUGGCAUCUUUCCACAAGAAGUACGAGCUUGGGCCACCGGUGGCUGGUACGUGUUACCAGGUGGAAUGGGAUGACUAUGUGCCCAAACUCUAUGAGCAGCUGUCUGGGAAGUAGGGGAAUGCUAGGAGACAGAAACCGUCCUGGAAGUCUCAACCAGUGUUCUCCAGUUCAGUGAUGCAUGUAGA